AUGGCUUGGGUGGAAAAAGAAGAGAAGAAGGAUAAAGAAGUGGUACUGGAGUUUGUCGACAGGGUGGUCAUGGCUUUGGGUGGGCAAGGCAAGAGCUGGGAUCAGUCUCUGAUACCAUGCAAGGUGCGAUAUGGAAAAAGACCGAAAGAAGAGGUAACAAAUUGGUUGAAGAACUUGGAAGAGAUAGAAAAUGAUGUGAACAGCUUAGGCUCCAGUGAUGCACAUCAUAUGUGCUUCAAAAGGCAUUGCCCAAAUUACUACUCCCGUCUGAAGAGAAGCAAGAUGAUAGUGAAGAUACUCCACAGAGUUAAAGCUCUUCAAGAGAGAGGAAGUUCAUUUACCCUAACUGAAAAUAUAUUUAUUGAUUCACUACUUGAAACUUCAUAUAGUUUGCCCGCAACAACCUUACAUGGUAGUUCAGCUGAAAGGAAAAAAGAGGAGAUUUUCCAAUGUAUCAUGGAUCCUGAGGUGAGUAUUAUUGGAGUAUUUGGUAUGGGGGGUGUCGGCAAGACAACCAUCAUGAGGCACAUUUACAAUCAUUUGAAGGAAACACGAGAUUUUGAUAUUGUCAUGUGGGUGACUGUUUCAAGUUUUUUCAACUUAGAGAAGGUACAAGAAAAAAUUGCAGAAUUAUUGGGCUGUGACCUCUCCUCGUGUGGCGAUGAAACAAGUAGAGCAAUGAGGUUACUUGAAGCAUUGAAAAGGAGAGGGAACUUUGUAAUCUUUUUAGAUGAUGUGUGGGAUAAUGUUUCUCUACAAAAUGUGGGCAUUCCCAAAGCUGAUAGAAGUAAUUGUUCCAAAAUUGUGUGGAUUAGCCGUUCAGUCAAAGUUUGUCAUAGCAUGGAGAGCCAAAAGGAAAUUAAACUAGAGGGCCUUACUGAUGAAGAAGCUUGGAGUUUGUUCAAGGAUAAAGUUGGCGGCGAAGAUGUUAUGUCACCUGCUAUUGAGCCAAUUGCAAGGAAAGUAGCCAAGGAAUGUUGGGGGUUGCCAUUAGCCCUUAUUACUGUUGGGCGUGCUUUGAGGAAAGAAUAUCAACUGCCUAUUUGGAGGAAUGCAUUGCAGGAACUCAAGACAUCCAGCACUGAUCAGAUUGAUGGCAUGGACAGAGAUGUGUUUGGGAAUCUUAAGUUCAGUUAUAAUCGGUUGAGCAGUGACAAAACUCGUGCAUGUUUCUUGUAUUGUGCUCUAUAUCCAGAGGAUGCUAAAAUAUUAGUUGAUGAGCUGAUUGAGUACUGGAUGGCUGAAGGCUUGAUCAAUGAGGAGGAGAGUAUAGAGACUGCAAAAGACAAAGGGCAUGCUUAUCUCAAUGAACUCAAAGAUGCAUGCAUGAUAGAAUGUAUCGAAGAUGAUCAUAAAUAUGUGAGGAUGCAUGACUUGAUCCGGGAUCAUGCGAUUCACAUCACAAGGGAACAACCUAUCUUCAUAGUAAAAGCUGGAUUGCAGCUGAAGGAAUCACCUAAAGAGGAAGAAUGGGUUGAAAAUCUAGAGAGAGUAUCAUUGAUGAUGAAUGAUAUUAAAGAAGUGCAAGGCCAACCAAAUUCUUGUCGUCAGCUUGAAUGUCUGCCUUCUAAGCUUUGGAAGUUGCAACUAUUAAAACUAGGAUGGCUAUCUUCCCUGAAAGAAAUUCUUCAAGGGCUUGAAGAAUUAGUAAAACUUAGACAUCUAGAUAUUUCCAAUGGAGGAUGGAGAAGUUUUCCAUCCGGAGCACUUCUAAAAAUGUCCUAUCUUGAAAUUCUUGACAUGCAAAGCAGUCAGUGGGAGUUUUCAUAUGGAAGCAACGGCGGCACCCAAGAUAAUUCCACAUUUUUACAAAUCAUGAGCUUAAAAUGUUUGGCCAACUUUUCAGCUGAUUUCACUGAUGUGUUGACCUUCAAUAGCUAUAUUCACAGGCUUGAUAAUUCUGAACCCUUCAAAUAUUUUGAUUCUUUCCUAUUUGGCGUAACUCAUACAUAUGAUGGACAUAAUGUAGAAAAUGAGAGCAUGGAGAAAGUUAUAUUGCCUGAUACUGCAAACUAUUUGGGAAUAGAUGGUUGCAAUUUCAUCCAAUUAUCAGAUAUUGUUUUCUCAGAUGAUUUAAAACAGUUGAUAGAUUGUAGAAUUCAAAAGUGUAAGGACAUGGAAUGGAUUGGAAAGGAAGGAGAAAUUAUUCUACCUAGCUUUAAAAAAAGCUAA